CCGGGAAAGCGAUGGCGGCGAGAGCGAGAUCUGCUCCGACUUUGUGUCCCUGAGCAAUGGCCUGGAGGUGAACCCAGAGCUGGCCCUGAGGUGGCCCUGAGAAGAAGUGGAAGGCAGAGGUGGUGCUGAGGCAGGAGAGCCCCGUGCUGGGGAAGAGGCUGAGCUGGGACUGCCCAGCAGCGAGAAGGUGCUGUGUGCAUGCCCUGUGUGCCAGGAUUUGUCCUUCCCAAAGCUUGGGUGGAUGGAGGAGGAGGAUUUGAGGAAGAGGAAAAGGCUGCGGGCCCCCCAGGCAGGUGAGGAGGAAGUCAGUGCCCCUUUGGCCCUUUCUUGUGGUGCCUGUGGGGGCCAAAUUUGGGGGGGAUGUGCUUGGCCUUCCCUCUGGGCCUGAGGCAAAUCCCCUGCCUGUCCUUCUUCCUUCCUGCCCCAGGCCCCGAGCUGAGGACGGAGAGCACGGAGGACAAAUCCCCCCGGCAGAGCCUGGUGGGAGAGGCCGUUUUGAAGGGCUGCCCGGUGCAGGAAGGCAGCGGGGAGGAAAAGGCCUGGAGAUGCAAAGCCAGCCCAGGGAGCUCUGAGGAGGAAAGACCCGUCCUGUGCCAGGAAGGCGGCCGGAGCUUGAGCCGGAGCUCCGAGCUGGUGGUCCCUGAGCAGCCUCCCAGCAGGGAGAAGCCCUUCAGGUGCUUGGAAUGUGGGAAGAGCUUCAGCCAGAGCUGGAACCUCCUCACCCACCAGCACAUCCACACUGGGGAACGGCCCUACACGUGUAGGGAAUGUGGGAAGAGCUUUAGGGACAGCUCCUACCUCCGUUCCCACCAGCUCAUCCACACUGGGGAAUGGCCCUACAAGUGCUUGGAAUGUGGGAAAAGGUUUCGGACAAGCUCCAAUCUCCUCCUGCAUGAGCGGAUACACACAGAUGAGAGGCCCUUCUGCUGCACCGACUGCGGGAAGGGCUUCAACCGAAAAUUCACCCUCGUCACCCACCGGCGCAUCCACACCGGGGAGAGGCCCUACAAGUGUGGGGAGUGUGGGAAGAGCUUCACCUGCAGCUCUGCCUUGAACAGACACCAACGGACCCACCAGUAAGGGAAGCCCUACGAGUGCCUGGACUGCGGGACGAGCUUUGGCCGCUGCUCCCACCCUGAAUGACCCCCUGAUGGUGAGGGAACCCCUGGAGUCCAGUGACUGUUGAUCCCUCCCUUUCUACCAGAAAGGGUCAGUCCCCUUUGCCAGGGGCAGGUUCUGCCAACAGAACCCUUCUUGGGGGGUGUGUGGAGAUUCCUGCCUUGGCUGGGACCCCCCAAGGUCACUGCUGGAGGUUGAGAGCAGAGAUCUCCCCACGAGCGUUGUUCUGGGGGAGUUCCAUCCCUCUCUAAUUCAUAAUUCUUGCUUUGCUGCCAGCUUGAGUAGAAUUGCUUCAACAGUUGCUUUAGUGUAGAGCACUGUCCCAUCUUAUCCUGUACUACUGGUAGUUUUGGUGUUUCUGUUGUGCAGUAAAUAAUUCUGAUGAA